AUGAAGCCCAUCGCUGUAGAUCCAGACUUAUACGCACCGAGCAACGCUUAUGGCCCCGAUGACUGGCAGUCGGAAACGACCUCGAUUAGGUCAUCGAUCUAUCGUGGUUUGAUGGACAAUGGGAGGCGACAUCUCGUGGAUCUUAUCAUGGAGUCCGAUCGAGCUAAUCCACUGUUUCGGUCACCCAUCGGGAUCGACCGAGAACGCCCGUUACAAGUUCUCGAUAUUGGAACCGGAAAGGGCACUUGGGCCAUCGAUGUCGCUGAUAUGUUCCCGAAUGCCACCGUCCGAGGGGUUGACCUUUUCCCACCUCCGGUCACCUGGAUGCCGCCUAAUUGCGUCAUCGAGGUCGAUGAUGUGCUGCAAGACUGGACAUGGCGCGAACAGUUUGAUCUAAUCCAUAUGCGCAAUAUGAUCGGAUCAUUUGACUCUUCUGAGUGGGAACUUGUUUACCGGCACUGCUUUGAAAAUAUGGCCCCUGGUGGAUGGAUCGAGCAGAUCGAGGUUGGCCCUUUUGUUACAAGUGACGAUGGGAGCCUCCCAGCCGAUAGUGCCUUGUCCUCUUGGGGUCCACUUAUGCAAAAGUGCGGUGAUCGCGCUGGUCGCUCUUGCGAUAUCGUCCUCACCAUGUCGGAGAGCAUCAAGAACGCCGGAUUUGUGGACCUGCACGAAAAGAUCUACAAAUGGCCAAUUGGGCCGUGGCCUAGAGACCAGAAAUUCAAGGAGGCAGGUGUGGUCAAUUGCCAACACUGGAUGUCUGGUAUGGAAGGGUGGUGCAUGUGGCUGCUAACGAAAUUCGGUGACCCCGAGCCGUGGUCUAAAGAGCAAGUUCAUGUACACUGUGCCAAGAUGCGCAGUGAAAUGAAGAACCCAAACUACCAUGCGUAUCACAAAGCGAGAAGAGUGUGGGCUCGCAAGCCGAUGCCGGGGGAAGUCCCGCCUAAGCCAUCAAAACCCAGCUCCGCUUCUGCAGGAGCAAAACCAUGA